UGCUUAAUUUUGUUUUAAGAAAGUACAAAAAUUCCUACGUAUAUAUGCCCAAAAAGGUUAUUUGACCAAGGGAUCCUUUUUCUCUCCUUUAACCUGUGAAUUGAAAAAUGCAGGUGUUGAAAUACUUCUUAGAAACUUGUUCAAUCAUUUAUUUGACAAUGAUAAUUUUGGAAGAAAAUAGUUAAUAUAUAUUAUAAUUUUUUUAUUUAUAAAAAAGAACUUAUUUCAGAUCAAAUUAAAAAGGCUAGAAAACCAUUUCUAUGGACCCAAGGGAGUAAAAUCUAUUUGACCUAAAGGUAUAAAAUUUAGACUCGUAACUAUAAGGUAUCAAGUUGUAGUAAAAGAAUCUAGGUUAUAAGUGAAGUGUUAGUAUUUUAGCAUUUUAAUAUUAAAAUAAAAUAUGUCAUAACUCUCACUAUUCUAUAACGUAGAAAGUGGUCAUAACUUCCACUACUCCAUGAUGUAGAAAAUGGUCAUAACUCUUUUGUGACUCUUCUCUCAUGUUUUCCAUGAUUUCAUAACUUACUACUCCACUUUCUUCCAAUUUAAUUCAAGAAAGAAUUUCUACACCUAUAAAUAGGAGUUUUUCUUCCAUAAUAUGAUAUGUGAAAAAUAAUUGAGAGUGUUUUAAUAAAGUGAGGUUAAAGUUGUGGAAAAAAAAAAGAGAGUUUUUACUUUUGUUGAAGGAAGGUAUUCAUCUUGGUGGAGUUUUGGACUCAACAACUUGUCCAGAGUUUGUUCGAGUCAUACGACGUGAUCGGGUUGUUGUAUCCUGAGGGAGACAAGUCAAGAAGAUUAUUGUUGGACCAGUGAAAACUUUGCUGCAGUGGGCUUGAAUCUCCUUAAAGAGAGCGAGAUAUCCGCACUUAAGCUGGAAGAUAUUUUAUUUUCAUCAUUUUAUUUUUCAACUGUAAUUGUAUUUUUCACCAACAAUUUUAAGGAGAUUCAAAUGGCUACAGUUGAAAAAUCUGCGGAUACCAACGUGGGAGAUCUCAACAAGCCAUUCCGUUUCAAUGAUACUCAUCUCAAGAGAUGGAAAUUUAAAGUACUUUUUUAUUUGAGUUUUCUCAAUGUUUCUUACGUUUUAACUGAGAAGAAUCCAAGCAAAGUAGACAACUCCUCCAUGAAUGAUGAUGAGCUAAUUUCCCUUCAAGAAAAAAUUGAAAAAUAUAACGAUGAUUUAUGCAAGUGUCGGUAUUAUCUUCUUAAUUGUCUAUCUGAUAAUUUUUAUGAUUAUUAUGGUAGAACUUGCUCUACUGCUAAGAAAAUUUGGAAAGCAUUGCAGAGUAAGUAUGAUACCGAGGAGGCAAGUGCGAAAAAAUAUGUUGCUAGCAGAUUUUUUCGUUUUCAAAUGGUGGACAACAAAUCUGUAGUAGACCAAGCUCAAGACUUCAUAAUGAUCGUUGGAGAGCUCAAGUCCGAGGAUAUUAAAAUUGAAGAUGAUCUUAUUAUUUGUGGCAUAAUAGAUAAACUUCCACCUUCAUGGAAGGAAUUUCAAAAAACUAUGUGUCACAAACAAAAGGAAACUUCAUUUGAGACGUUGAUAAUGCGGAUUCGCAUGGAAGAAGAGGCAAGAGGCCAAGAUGCACUUAUGCAAUCGGAAGAGAGCACUCUACAACUCGUCACUACAAAGGUAAAUUUAAUUACUUCAAAUAAUAUUACUCAUGAAACUCAUAAAAAUACCUCUUUGAAGUCGAAGAAGAAAACUUUUAAGAAAAAUUAUGGUAGACCUCCCAAGAAGAAUAAUGGUGCAAACAACCAAGUACAGAAUCAACAAGUUCAAAUUGUGAAACCAUGCAUUGUCAGUGGCAAGAGUGGGCAUAUUGCUCGAUUUUGCAAAUUUUGGAAACGUGGUCCUACACUACAGGCAAACGUUACUGAAGAGCCACUUGUGGCGGUGAUAACAGACAUUAACAUGGUAGAAAAUGUUGAUGGAUGGUGGGAUGAUUCUGGAGAAAACCGUCAUUUUUGCUAUGAUAGAGAUUAGUUUAAAGUGUAUAAUCCAUUUGAGGAGCCCAAAACCAUCAGGCUUGGUGAUUCUCACACAACCCAGUUGCUUGGAAAGGGAGAGGUCGAGUUGAAGUUCACUUCAGGAAGAGUAUUAACGUUGAAAGACGCACUUUAUACUCCUUCAAUGAGAAAAAAUUUGAUGUCUAGUUUUCUUCUUAACAAGGCAGGCUUCAAACAAAUUAUUGAGAGUGAUCAAUAUGUAAUAGUUAAAAAGGAUAUUUUUGUGGGUAAGGGGUAUGCAUGCGAUG